UAUCGUCGAUAUGUUUCAAGGCUUCCAGCGCUUCAAAGGCGCAAUCGACGCCAGAAUCGCAGAAGAGCAGGCGCGGCAGCGCACAUCUACUCAGUUCCCAGCAUCGAGAUCGGGAUCUGUUCCCAGACGGUCAAACUCUCGGACUGAUUCUCCCUCGAAGCGGGCCGGCAAGUCCAAGGAAGCAGACGGCAAGGCAGCUCCCGCUGGGAAAGGUCCCGAUCCCUCAGAAUUCGACCCAGAGUUUGUCAUAGGGGAGGAUGACGAACAGCCGAGUCGGACAGGUACUCCUCUUUCCAAGGAGAAAGCAGAGCAAACAGAGGCAGCUACAGGCAGCGAUAAAGCCCCAGAGGAAGAUGGGAAAGCCGUAGAGAACGAUGAGAAACCUGCACCUCCAGAGAUUCCUCCAGAGGCGCAGGUUCGUCUACGGAAGCUUGAUAAGCUGGAGCCCAAGUACACCGAGCUCCUCCGUUCCUAUCGUAUCGCGCAUGCCCGAGUCGGUCUAAUCGAAGCCUUCGAGUCGUCCCUCCGCGAGCAUACGCCUCUAACCUCGAUUAGCGAACCCGCUGCGUUUGUUGAAUAUCUCGGACAAUUGAACGUCAAAGGUGACAUGCUCAUGGAUGAACUGAAGAGGGUCUCAAAAGAACGAGAUGAGAUGAACAAGAAACUAGAGGAUGCUGAAAAGAGAGCCAAGGAAGUUUCAGAGGAGAACGAAAAGCUCAAAACGCAGGCGGCCGAGCAGAAGGAAUCUAAAGACGACUCUACUGUCACAGAAUCCGCAACUCCUUCGUCCCCUUCGAAGGACUCAAAGGAUACAGCGCCUACCGAGGACGAGGAGUUCUUUUCAUAUGACAGCGAACUGCCGAGACUCCAAACACAGCUCAAGGAGAGUGAAGAGAAGGUGGAGAGGCUCGAGGAGGAAAACACAAAUCUCAAAAGUGAACUAUCCGUCGCCCAGGAAUCGGCAAAGUCUUUUAUGAAUAACCUGGAAAUAGCGGCCAAUGACAUUCACUCCAUGAAAGAUAAAAAUGCAAAAUCGCAGAAGGAAGCUGCCGAGCGACAGAAGGAGCUUGACAACACGAUCCAGGAGCUCCAAGGAAAACUUGAAUCUGCUGAGAAGGAGCUUGCUCGACAGAAGAGCGAGCAUAGCGAAUUGGUCAAGGAGCUGAGAGAGAAAUUGGAUGCGUCUACGAAAGAGUUGGAAGAGCUUCAUGCUACUAAGGGGGAGGAACUCGUUGACAAUCAUGGCCAGGAGGCACUCAAAGCGCAGGUCUCUACGCUAGAGAAGGAAAUUUCAGAGGCCCGUGAUGCUCAAGCCAAGAGCGAGAAGCGUGGCCAGACUUUGAAUGGACUCGUGACCAACCUGCGCGACCAAGUGAAGGAAGCAGAGUCGAAACGGGACAAGGCACUUGCUGAUGCUGAACAAGCAAAGAGUGCUCUCGAAGCCGCAGACGCGAAGAAGACUAGCCAGGCGGAGGCUUCCACUCCUGUUCCUACACCUACCACUGAGACUGCGCCCAAUUCAAACAAGAAGAAGAACAGGAAGAAGAAGAAGGGCGGUAAAGGUGGCGAUGCAACCCCGGUAGAGAAGACUCCCAGUGAGGCUGGCGACGCGAGCGGCCUUCUCAGUCCAGCUACUGCGGAAUUUUCCCCCUCGCAAUUGGAAGAUGCGCAAAAGACUGUUGCGCAACUCAAGUCAGACUUGGAAGCGAAGACUGCGACAAUCGAGCGUUUGGAGGAGGAAGUUACACAGAAAGCUACUUCGAUUGAUGCGCUUAACAAGAAGCUUAGAGAUGAAGAGGGCAUGAAGGAGGAGAUUGAGACUCUUCGGCAAGAUUUGCUAGACUUUGGUGCGGAACACACCGAAGCCAAAGACAAAGUCAAAGAAUUGCAGGCUGAGAAGUCCGCGCUGCAGGAGAAGCUAUCGCUUUUGGAGAAGGAGAUUGCCGAGCUCCGCACCGGCAAAGCGGCACAAGCCAGCACUGAAGAAGAAAAGAAGGCUCUCACCGCUGAGUUUGAAGCGCUCAAGGCUAAGGCAGACACUCUACAGACGGAUCUGUCCGUUGCAGAGCAACUCGCGGCGUCUAGGUUCAAAGAUCUCACGGAUAUGAGGGAGGUUCUGCAGAAAGCGCAGCCCGAACUUAGCUCACUGCGGAAAGAGGUUUCCGAGCUAAAGAGCACCAAAGAGGAGUUGUCAACAAAGACAUCUGAGCUGCGACGUCUUGAGAACCGUGAGAAGGACCUGAAAUCCGAAAUCGCAAACUAUUGCUCACAAGUGUCUGACAAAGAAGGCGAUGUCAAAUCACUGAACGAGAAACUCAAACAAGAAACAACGCAGAGACUUGCUUUGGAAGAGACCAACCGAAAGAUUCAAAGAGACUUGCAAAAGUCUGACAAUGAUCGUGAUGAUGCUAUUGAGGCGCGCGAGAAGGUGUCCAAGGACCUCGCCAAGGCACAGGACGAACUCAAGACUUCGCGCGACAAGAUACGCGAUCUAGAGCAAGAAGUCUCGAAACUGGAGCGCGAAGCUUCGAAUCUGAGAGACGACAUCCAGCUCAAGUCAGCGCAGUACGCUAGCGCACAGGAUCUCAUGAACAGCAUGCAAGAUCAGACCCAGGAGAUUGGCACGCAGAUGAAGGAAGUCAGAGCAAAGAGUGAGAGUCUCGAGGAAGAGCUGGCCGACGCCCACCGAUUACUGAGCGAGCGGAGUCGCGAGGCAGAGACGAUGAGAAGGUUACUAGCAGACGCCCAAGGCCGUGCUGAUGCGCGUGUUCGUGAGAUGCAAGAGCGUUUGGAUAUUGCCGUGGAAGAGCGAGAACGCGCGGAAGAACAGGCCAGCACUUUUGGCCGCCGCCGGGCCCGCGAACUUGAAGAACUCAAACAAAAAGUGCGGGACGCCGAGCGUGCCGUCACGCGAGCGCAAGAAGACAAGGAUGAUCUCGCUGCAUCCGAAAAGGAGCUUCGUCGUCAGAAGGAAGACUUGGAGCGACGCGCCGCCCAAGCCGGUGAAGAUGCGAACGAGGUCCGCACAGCUCUCAACCAGCUUCGCGAUACACUUGACGACAGCGAGAAGCAAGCUCGCGAUUUGGAGAAAGAGAAGGCCGAUUUGCGUCGCGCGUUCGAUGAGACCCAGGGCCGUCUCGAGAAGCUUCAGAAAUCGAGCAAGGCUAUGUCCGAGGAGCUCCGCACGUUGAAGACCGCCCCAGCGCAAUCUUCACGAUCGUCUCUCGAAUCUUCGCGGUCCCGAAUCGCCUCUCCGACGCCCAAGUCUCAGAACACAGCCGCAUCGCAGCCGGGAGAAGCAAUAGACUAUGUUUACUUGAAGAACGUGUUGCUACAGUUCCUCGAGCAGAAGGAUAAGAAGUACCAACAGCAGCUCAUUCCAGUGCUGGGAAUGCUUCUACACUUUGACAAGAAAGACGAACAGAAGUGGAUGUCGGUAGUGUCCGCGAAGUAG